CUCUCACUAUCACACAAAAAACCACUCUCUCCGAUUCACCCACACUCUUCGCCACCAUUCAUUCCAUAAACCCUACUCAAAAUUUCCAAUUUACCAAUUAUCGCCAGAAUUUAUUAAUGGAAACAACUCAUUGCUGUCACAGAUUUUGAAUUCGGAUUCAAAAUCACCAGAAUUUUAAAACGGAAACAAAUAAUUCCAAUCAAGGAAAACAAUCUCUUUGUUUGUAGCAGCAAUUUUUCUUCUCAUUCAAUUUCUCUGCAGCGAGAAAAAAGCGUCCAUUGCAAUUCAAUCUCAAGUCCGAUGGCGUCAUCAGCAUUGAUUUUUUUCACCGUCGUUUCGUUUCUAGUCCCCGCCGCCCGCUCCCAAUCCGGCGACGCGGCGGUGAUGCAGGAACUGAAGAAGAGCAUUAACGCGCCGAGUCAACUCGGGUGGACCGACCCAGACCCUUGCAAGUGGAAGUCCAUCACCUGCUCCAGAGACAACCGCGUCACCAAGAUCCAAAUCAGGCAACAAAACCUCCAGGGCUCGCUGCCUCCCUCCCUCGGAAAGCUCACAUCUCUCCAAACUUUGGAGGUCCAAAACAACCAGCUCUCCGGUGCCUUACCGAGUCUCGCCGGGUUGAACUCGCUGAAAACGCUCUCCGUCAACAACAACAACUUCACCUCCGUCCCUCCCGACUUCUUCGACGGUAUGACCUCUCUGGAAGAGGUCUCCAUGGAUUACAACCCCUUCACCUCUUGGCAAAUUCCGUCCGGCCUCAAGAGCGCCUCCGCUCUUCAAAAAUUUUCCGCCACCUCCGCGAAUAUCUCCGGACCUUUUCCCGAUUUUUUCGGGGCCGAGACGUUUUCGAGCUUGACUAAUCUGCACUUAGCGUUCAACAAUAUCGAGGGCCCGUUGCCGGCGUCGUUGGCCGGCUCCUCGAUACAGAGCCUGUGGCUGAACGGCCAGAUGAUCGGAAUGAACGGCUCCAUUUCUGUUCUGCAAAACAUGACUCAAUUGACUCAAAUCUGGCUGCAUAAAAAUGAUUUCUCCGGUCCCUUGCCUGAUUUCACUGGGUUGAUUCAAUUGCAGGAUUUGUCGUUGAGGCAGAAUAGCUUUACCGGCCCAGUGCCCGACUCUUUGGUUGGAUUGGCAACCCUGGCGACAGUGAAUUUGACGACUAAUAAGCUGCAAGGGAAAACCCCCAAAUUUGGCGGCGCUGUGAAGGUUGAUAUGUCUCCCGGUAGCAACAGUUUCUGCUUGCCCGAUCCCGGCGUAGAAUGUGAUUCCCGCGUUAAUACUUUGCUCAAUGUGGCGAAGGAUUUUGGGUAUCCUGCUACAUUUGCUGAUAACUGGAAAGGAAAUGAUCCCUGCGUUUCGUGGAAAGGGAUUACCUGCAGUCAAAAGAACAUCACCGUGGUGAAUUUUAAAGGAAUGGCUCUCUCUGGGACUAUUUCCCCGAGCUUCGCCCUGCUUACGUCGCUGCAGAGGCUGGUUCUGUCGAAUAAUAACUUGACAGGAACCAUUCCGACUGAGCUCACCACAUUGCCCAAUCUCGUGGAGCUCGACAUUUCGAAUAACCAGAUUUAUGGAAAGGUUCCCCAAUUCAAGACUAGUGUGGAUGUGAAGACUACUGGGAAUGUCAACAUUGGCAAGGAUGGCCCGCCACCUCCUGGGACUGAUGGGAAAAAGAAUCCAGACGGCAGUGGAUCAGGCAGCGGCAAGAAAUCUUCGACUGGAGUUGUUGUAGGUUCGGUAGUUGGGGGACUUUGCAUUCUUGCCUUCGCUGGAGCGCUGGUCUUCUGUCUUUAUAGAGGCAAGCGCAAGCGCAGUGGGAGAGUUCAGUCUCCACACACGACAGUCAUACAUCCACGCCUCUCAGGCUCUGACGAUGCUGUCAAGAUCACCAUUGCUGGUUCAAGUGCCAAUGGUGGUGGUGGCACGGGUGAGACCCACAGCCAUGGGAGCAGUGGCCCGAGUGACAUCCACAUUGUCGAGGCUGGUAAUAUGGUGAUCUCUAUUCAAGUUCUGAGAAACGUGACAGACAAUUUCAGUGAGCGGAACAUACUGGGGAGGGGUGGAUUCGGGACUGUCUACAAGGGGGAGCUGCACGAUGGGACUAAGAUUGCAGUGAAGCGGAUGGAGUCUGGUGUGAUAAGUGAGAAUGGGUUAGAGGAGUUCAGGUCUGAGAUUGCUGUUCUUACAAAAGUGAGGCAUAGGCAUUUGGUUGCUCUGUUGGGGUAUUGCUUGGAUGGGAAUGAGAGGCUGCUUGUUUUCGAGUACAUGCCUCAGGGGACGCUUAGCAGGUUUCUAUUCAGCUGGAAAGAUGAGGGUUUGCAGCCUCUGGAAUGGAUGAAGAGGCUGACUAUUGCACUCGAUGUUGCUAGAGGGGUCGAAUACCUCCAUGGUUUGGCUCAGCAGAGCUUUAUUCACCGGGAUCUUAAGCCGUCUAAUAUCCUACUUGGAGAUGAUAUGAGGGCUAAGGUAGCAGAUUUUGGACUUGUUAGGCUUGCUCCUGAUGGAAAAGCUUCAAUUGCGACCAAACUGGCUGGAACAUUCGGUUAUCUUGCACCAGAGUAUGCAGUGACGGGGCGAGUGAGUACUAAGAUCGAUGUGUUCAGCUUUGGGGUGAUCCUAAUGGAGAUAAUCACUGGAAGGAAAGCUUUAGACGAGUCGUUCCCAGAUGACAGACAGCAUCUGGUCCCGUGGUUCAGGCGCAUGCUGAUCAACAAGGACACAUUCCGCAAAGCCAUUGAUCAAACGAUUGAAGUGACUGAGGAGACUUUCGGUAGCAUCUGCACUGUGGGAGAGCUGGCCGGGCACUGUUCUGCUAGGGAGCCCUAUCAGAGGCCGGACAUGGGGCACGUGGUGAAUGUGCUUUCCUCUCUGGCGGAGCUGUGGAAGCCAUCCGAGCCUGCUGAUCCCGAAGACAUGUAUGGUAUUGAUUACGACAUGACCUUGCCUCAGGUGCUCAAGAAGUGGCAGGCGCUCGAGGGAAUGAGCUUGAUCGAUGGGGAUGCAACGUCCUCGUCUUACCCUGGGAGCAACGACAACACUCAGACGAGUAUACCCAUCCGCCCCUCUGGCUUUGCGGAUUCCUUCACAUCGGCAGACGGCAGAUGAUCACUGCAACAAAACAAGAGAGGGGGAGAGCCAUUCUUUGGUUAGGUGAAUUAGUUGGGAGUUAGAUUAAUUAAUCUAUUUUUUUUCUUGAAAAUCUAUUUUAAACGCAUAUAGGUAGCUUUUGUUAUUUAUUUUAUGGGAAAGGAAUGAUGGAUUUGAGGUUUUGUUAAUUGCUUUUGAAACUCCAAUUGCUUCGUAUUAUGUUGUAUAUAUAUAUAGCUUUUAGUGAAUUGAUUCCCAUGUGUA